CGCUGGUGGUUGCCAAGCCAAAGCAGAGUGGCGUUGGUAUUAGCCUGGUAGUACAAUUAUCUCUGAUGCUACAGCUGGGGCUUACCAAGCUAGUGAGUCAAACUAACUGUAAAACUGGGACAUAUCCGUUUGAGAAAAAUUUACCGUAGAUCACUAAACUUGAGCCGGUUGACAGUUUAGUAUCACUACUUUAAAAUACCCGAACUACGGUCCACGUACUUGCGCAAGGGAUUCACUUUGGCGUGUAUAUACGUUUUCGUGUACGUAUUUGCUGACUUGGCCGAGUCAGCGGCCGCCAGCUCGUCGAUCCACGUGGUCAAGUCGAUCCACGUGGGCGCUGACUGCCACGUUGUCUCAGCCGCCUGAAUACGCAGGAAAGCAGGGGGUAUUUUGCAAAAAUGAUGCACGGGAACGGCUGCGACGACGCUUCCUGCGCCGUGUGCCGGAGCUGCGGGUCGAGGCCGACGAAGUGGGGCUGCGCUGGCUCCUGGAGGUCGGCGUCCCUCAGGCUGCUGCUGGUGGCCGGCGGCUGCGAAGGUGGUUGGACCGGCGAGUCCGGGCCGGCCGGCCGGGGAGGAGCGGGAGCUUGGCGGAGAAGUCGGCGUUGGUGGAGGAGGCCAACGGCGGCGUGGGCGGGAGCUCGAGACUGCCGUCCAUCGCGCACUCGUCGUCGUCCACGUAAGCGACUCUCACCGCCACAAUGCCGACGCCCGACGGCACCAUGGAGUACUGGCUCGAACCGGCCGAGCUUGCAGCCCUGCACCGGGAGGUCGGCGACUCGGUGUCGAGUGUCGACCCGUACUGGGUGCCGCCUCCAUGGUGGAAGCGCGGAGAUCCCGUGUCCGCGGACGGCUACACGCUCAAGGCAAAGGUGCAGGUGGAGGAGCUCACCAAGGAGCUCGCCGGAGUAAAAAGCAGUCGGUGAAGGCACAUCAAGGCACAAUGAACAAUGAGGGGAAAUCUGAGGCAGUCAAAGCCUACAUUUCUCAUGAGACUUAUCAGGACAAGUAUGAGUGUGUGCUGAAGGCCAAUGGCAAUCUGGAAAAGCAGGUUCUAUCCUUGGAGGAGAAGUACGCGAACGCAACACGAGCGAAUGGCAAGCUGGAGGAGGAGGUUCUGUUCCUCAAGGAGAAGUAUGAGGCAAUGCUUGAGAAAAAUACCAGGCUGGAGGGGCAUGUGGCUGCUCUGUCCACUUCUUUCCUAUCUCUCAAGGAGGGCAUGCAGUUUCUGAAUGAUGGGGAUCAGCAGUUGCAGAUCAUGGGAGCAGAGCCGCGUCUUUCUUCUGUGUGCCAAGGAGUACUGCAAAGCUGACAGGAAGGAGAGCAAUGGUAGCGACUGGCGAGGCAACAGAUGCUGCAGCCGCUGGCGCAGGCGACCAGCUCGCCGAUGUCGACGGCGACGGCGGGAAGAGGUCGUCGAGGAAGUGUAGCGAGUGGCCAGACAAGACGCAGCCCUCGUCGCCGUGGACCCUGACGGCGGCGAGAGUCGCAUACAUGGACGAAGACGAGUGCGCGAUGGACGGCGACGGAGCUAACCAAUCACUCUUUACCGGAGCUAAAAUUGUACAGAUCGAGCACCGGAGCUGCUGGCGACGGCAACCGGAGCUGCUGGCGACGGCAACGUACUGUACAGGGGCGGCGAUUUUGCAAAAAAAAAAACCUAGAUGGACUACUAUUCACCCUAGGCACGACCAGGUGGCGGUCAAACCGAGCUGGCAG